AUGGCUCCUAUAAAACCUCUGGGCGGGCAACCUCUAGGCGAGCAACCAGACAAGCCCGUCCCGCGCAUCCCCAAAUCUCCAUCUCGGGCUGCACAGAUUCAAGCGCAGAACCGAAGGCGAGAGUACCUCAGUCGACAUCCGUCAUACUUUGAUAACCUGGAGCACGAGCUCGCUGAUCCCGUGCUGUACGAGCGGCUAGUAAAGAGGUUCCAGUCUCCUGCGGAGCGUGAAGCUGAGGGCAAAGCCAAAGGCUAUGGCAGAACCCUCGAGGCUGACUUGCAACGUGGAGAGCUCAAGCUCUCGCGGCUGAAAGAUGGUGACAUUGAGAACUCGGGCGGUGAUCUUGAGCAUCCAUGGGAGAAACCAGCAGCAGACAAAGCCCAUGGCCUUCUCCUAUGGCAUGCGUUCCUAGAAGAGCGCUUCGUUCAUGGUCUAGACGAGGACUUUGACUACAAGCCCGUCGACGCAGAUGAAGAUCUUGAUACCAUGAUCAGAAGAGACGCUCAAGAUGCCUGGUUCGACGACGAAGAACCAAGCUGGAUAGAUGAGGAUGAAUCCUCAGCACAGUUACCAACAAGACAAGGCGAGACUGGAGUCCAAGACUUCUAG